UGACGUAUGUGUACAUCUGUGAUCUGUGAAAAUACAAAAAGUUCGGGUGACAUAUGUGUUUUUUAUUAGAAACUGGAUAUUCAAGAAGUUUCGUUAUUCCGCCUAAUUUCCUGUAAAUAGCUUAAUGUCCUAAGUAAUUAUAGUAUUUAUAGGAAAAUAUCUUGAAGUCAAUUUAAUGUGAUUGUGUAUUGUCUUUCCCGUACACAAUGGCAAUGGACUUUAUGAGAGAUAAUGCAAGUCUUGGACUGACGACUGAUCAGACAGAAAAAGUACUGCAAUUUCAAGAUCUGACCGGCAUAGAAGACAUCACCGUCUGUAGAGAUGUCCUUCAAAGACACCAGUGGAAUCUUGAGGUGGCAGUACAAGAACAACUCAAUAUGAGGGAGGGAAGGCCAUCUGUGUAUGCUUCUGAGAGUAGACCUCCAGCUGUAGUAACUGACCAUCUAGGACAACACAUAUAUUACACUCCUCCUUCAGAUGGAUCAGGUAGUGGUUUGCGAGGUUUCAUUCAGAACUUGGUGGGAUUUUUUUAUAACAUUUGUUACAAUACCAUAAUAACAUUCCUGCAAUUGGGACAAAGACUUCUAGGUAUUGAAAACCAAAGACGAGUGGAACCCAUUCAAGAAGUAAUGGAAUUCAUUCAGGAGUAUAAUGAAAAAGUCUGUAAUUCACAUCCUGUAUUUUAUCAGGGUACAUUCUCUCAAGUUCUAAAUGACGCAAAAAGAGAAUUGCGCUUCCUACUAGUAUACUUGCACAAUAGUUCCUACACAGAAGCAGAAAGAUUCUGUAGGGAAACUUUGAGCAAUGCCGAAGUUAUCACAUAUGUAAAUACACAAUUCAUGUAUUGGGCUUGUAAUGUCGAUUCUCAAGAAGGAAGAAGGGUCAAGGGAGUAGUCAGGGUAUCGGCAUUUCCAUCUGUCAGCGUGUUGGUCUUGAAAGAAGGCCGAAUGACCGUGGUUGGUAGGGUUGAGGGUUUUCACGAUAGUAGUACGCUACUCCAUCGUUUGAGAACUAUCGUUUCCGAUUUUGAGGUCAACCUGAUCCAGGCACGAACGCAAAGAUUUGAAGCAAGUUUGAAUCGAUCUAUCAGAGCUACACAGGAUGAAGCAUACCAAGAAUCAUUGAGGGCAGAUCAAGAAAAGGAACGUCGUCGCGAAGAGGAACGCAGGGUUCAACAGGAACAAGAACGGCAGUUGGCAUUACAAAAACAGGCCGAGGAAGAACGUCGUGAGAGCAUAGCCAAAGAAAAAGUAGAAUCCGUCAGUAAAGUACCAAAUGAACCGGAUCCAACUGACCCCGAUUCAGUACAUGUUGUGUUCAAAUUACCCUGUGGCCUAAGAUUGGAUAGGAGAUUCCUCAAAACGCAUUCCUUAGAGGUAGUAUUUUACUUUGUCUUCUGUCAUCCAAAAGCUCCAGAUUCAUUCGAAAUUACUACAAACUUCCCUAAGCGUGUACUGAACUGUAGGCCUAAAUUUCCUGGAGAAAAAGUAUUAACUAUUGAAGAAGCCGGUCUGAGAAAUAAAGAGGUUCUUUUCAUCAAUGAUCUCGAUGCAUAAAAUUCGAUUUUAUGAUUGAAAAACAAGAAGUUGAACACGCUUCUCAGAUCAACUGUUUUCGUCUUUGUUUAUUGAAAAUAUAAUAUUUCUGCGAACUUGCGGAAGAGAAAAUCGCCUUUCAUGUGUGAAUAUUCACGAGGAAAGUUGUGAUUAAGAUUGAUGUCGCUGUGAAUCUGUAAAUAUCCAAAAUUGUUUUUUUGUUUGUUGUUUAAAAUUUCAAAUGUGACAUGGUGAUUGGAAAGUGAAUUGUAUGUUCAUCCUAAUUCUUAAGCUAUCUUAAAUGGGAAUGUAAAGUUGGGUUAUGCUAGAGAGGUAUCGAAAGAAAAUUGAAAAAAUAUAUUUAUUGAGGGGUAUACAGGGUGUGAACUAAGU